CAGUUACCUCAAACCUAUUUAAGUGUCUCCUUCUGUAACCUUCUUUGUAAUUCCAGUAGAGAAAACUACUUCUUCUUCUUCAUCUUCUUCUCUGUUUGAUCAUCUGCACCUGAAUUUUUCUCUGAUACGUCUCUACUUUCUAAAGCUCCCAAAAAAAUAUGCUGCUUAAAUUUCUAGCAGCCUUUCUUCUGGUUCUGGGUUUUGCAACUGCUGAGGAUCCUUACAGGUUUUUCGACUGGAACAUAACCUACGGGGACAUAUAUCCACUCGGUGUUCGUCAACAGGGAAUUCUCAUCAAUGGCCAGUUUCCAGGGCCGGAAAUCUACUCCGUGACCAAUGACAACCUCAUUAUCAAUGUUCAUAACAGCUUGCCGGAGCCUUUCCUUAUUUCAUGGAAUGGAGUUCAACAUAGGAGGAAUUCAUACCAAGAUGGAGUUUACGGCACCACAUGCCCCAUCCCACCAGGCAAGAACUUCACCUACACACUCCAAGUGAAGGACCAAAUUGGAAGCUUCUACUACUUCCCAUCUCUUGCCUUUCACAAGGCUGCUGGUGGCUUUGGAGCCAUUAAAAUCCUCAGCAGGCCCAGAAUCCCAGUCCCAUUCCCAGACCCAGUUGGUGAUUACUCCAUUCUUAUUGGAGAUUGGCACAAGACUGACCACAAGAUAUUGAAGGGCAUUUUAGAUCGUGGUCACAGGCUUCCCUUCCCAGAUGGCAUUAUAAUCAAUGGACGUGGACCAAAUGGAACAUAUUUCACAUUUGACCAAGGUAAAACUUACAGGCUUAGGAUAUCAAAUGUUGGGCUCCAGAACUCUCUCAACUUCAGGAUCCAGGGCCACAAAUUGAAGCUGGUUGAAGUUGAAGGGACCCACACCAUCCAGACCACCUAUGAUUCACUGGACAUCCAUGUGGGCCAGUCUUAUUCUGUUCUCGUCACAGCAGAUCAAGCCCCUCAGGACUAUUACAUUGCUGUCUCAACCCGUUUUACCAGCCAGGUCCUCACAAGCACUGCCGUCUUUCACUACAGCAACUCGGGCCGUCAAGUUUCCGGCCCAAUUCCCGCUGGGCCCACAACCCAAACCGGCUGGUCUCUUAGCCAGGCUCUCUCCAUUAGGACAAACCUAACAGCAAGUGGACCUAGGCCAAACCCACAAGGCUCCUACCACUAUGGUCUUGUAAAUGUGAGCAGGACAAUCAAGCUAGAGAGCUCAGCAGCUCAAGUUAGUGGAAAACAGAGAUAUGCAGUGAACAGUGUGUCCUUUAUCCCUGCAGACACACCAUUGAAGCUUGCAGACUACUUCAAGAUUGGUGGGGUUUUUAAAGUUGGAAGCAUCUCAGAUAACCCUACUGGCCAAAAGAUGUACCUUGACACUUCAGUCAUGGGUGCUGAUUUCAGAGCCUUUGUGGAGAUUGUGUUUCAGAACCAUGAGAACAUUGUGCAGAGCUGGCAUUUGGAUGGACACUCCUUUUGGGUUGUUGGAAUGGACGGAGGCAAAUGGACACCAGCAAGCCGAAACGAAUACAACCUUAGAGAUGCAGUCUCAAGAAGCACCACCCAGGUUUAUCCCAAGUCAUGGACAGCUAUAUACAUAGCACUAGACAAUGUGGGUAUGUGGAAUUUGAGGACUGAGUUUUGGGCAAGGCAAUACCUUGGACAACAAUUUUACCUACGAGUCUACUCACCUGUGGAGUCCGCUAGGGAUGAGUACCCAAUUCCCAGAAAUGCCCUUCUUUGUGGAAGGGCUGCUGGCAGAAGCACCAGACCUUAAUGAACAAGCUGAUUCAGAAGAUUUAUACACAAUUAUUUUAUAUAUGAGUGUCCCAUUCUGUGCUACCAAAAUUUUUCAAUUGUAAUUUGUAUACUUUUGGCAAUAAAAUGCAGCUUUCAUUCAGUCACUUGUUUGGCAUGUAAUUAAGUUCUGCUUCAGGUAUUAGAAGCCAAGGGAAAAGAAACAUCUUGUAUUGUUGUUUAA